GCAGAGGUGAACUGGACCCUGUGAGCACUCUCAGCUAAUAAAUGUGCCCUUAAAAGAUUCGAAACAUGAGAUUGCCUGCAAAGAUUAUUUGGUUGAUAUUGUGGACUGUUUGUACAGCAGAAGAUUGCCAAGGACCUCCUCCAAUAGGAGAUACAGAAAUUCUGUUAGGUUCCUGGCCUGACCAGCCUUAUACAGAGGGUACUCAGGCUACCUACAAAUGCCACCCUGGCUAUAGGACCCUGGGCACCAUCAAAAGGGCAUGCAGAAAUGGAGAAUGGGUGGCUCUUAAUCCAGGCAGGAUAUGUCAGAAAAAGCCCUGUGGACAUCCUGGGGAUACUCCAUUUGGUUCUUUUCAUCUUGAAGUAGGAAAUAAAUUUGAAUAUGGCGCAAAAGUUGUUUAUAAAUGUGAKGAGGGGUAUCGAAUGUUAAGCGAGAAUAAUUUCCGUGAAUGUAAAGCAGAAGGAUGGACAAAUGAUAUUCCUAUAUGUAAAGUUGUUACAUGUUUGCCAGUGACAGAACCAGAGAAUGGGAGAAUUAUCAGUAGUGCGAUAGAACCAGAUGAGGAAUAUUAUUUUGGACAAGUCGUGCAGUUUGAGUGUAAUUCAGGCUUCAAACAUGAAGGUCACAAAGAAAUAUAUUGUUCAGUAAAUGGUCAUUGGAGUAAUGAAAAACCAAGAUGUGUGGAAAUUUCCUGCACAUCGCCAGAAAUUAGAAAUGGGUAUUCUGUAUCUCCAAAGAAAAUUUAUAAGGAGAAUGAAAUAUUUCAAUAUAAAUGUAAUCAAGGUUUUGAAAACAGUGAAAGAGGCAAUGCUACAUGCACUAGUUCAGGAUGGAGUCCAAGUCCCUCAUGUGAAGAAGUAACAUGUAAUCCUCCUUAUAUUCCAAAUGGUGUUUACUCACCUUAAAGGAUUAAACACAGAACUGAAGAUGAAAUCAGAUAUGAAUGUAAAAGUGAUUUUUAUCCUGCAACCAGAGGAAAUACUGCAAAAUGUACAAGUAGUGGCUGGAUACCUCUUCCAAGAUGUAGCUUGAAACCUUGUGAUUUUCCAGAAAUAAAACAUGGACGUCUAUUCCAUAAAGAAAGAUAUAGACCAUACAUUCCAGUACCUAUAGGACAACAAUAUCUCUAUGCAUGUGAUUACAAUUUUGUGUCUCCUUCAAAAUCAUACUGGGGUUUCAUUCGUUGCACAAAAGAAGGGUGGCUGCCAGAAGUACCAUGCAUCAGACAAUGCAUUUUCAAUUUUGUGGAAAACGGACAUUACUCAGGUGAAACAAGACAUUUACUGCAUGAAUCUGUUAAAGUUGACUGUUAUCCUGGCYAUAGUCUUUCAAAUGGUCAAAACACAGUUACAUGUACAGAGAAUGGCUGGUCCCCUCCUCUCAAAUGCAUUCGGAUUAGUAAGUAAAAUGCUCUGAUAUCUAUACUCAUGAUUUUUUAAAGGCCCAUCUACAUUAAA